AUGCCUCGCAUGCGCAGGAUUGCACUAGUGUGUUGCUUCCUCUCCAUCUGUCUGGUCAUUGUUGUCCGCCUACCCUCAAGACAUCUGCUGUAUGGAAUUCUCGAACAAGACCCACACGAUGCGGAACGUAUUAUGAUGGAGAGAUAUGCUCACAGUCUCCAGUUCAAGGGUAAAGUCAGGAUAAAGUCUCUCGCCACGGCUCUUGAGGACGAUCGCAGCGAUGACAUUGAACUCCUGCCCAAGAAAUUGACAAAGAAGGAGCGAAGCACCACCGUCUACUUCCCUCCUGCCUGCAAGAACGGGCGCCACUGGCAGAUCUGUAAAAAGAUCGUUCCCAGCUUCAUGAUUGCCGGUGCUGAGCACAGCGGCGCCGACGUUCUCUACGAGGCCUUCCGGACCCACCCCCAGGUGUGGGACCUGGUCAAGUCGAACGAGAUGUAUGAAAGGACUGGAAAUGCUUCAAUGCUGGAAAUGCCAGAGAACCAGGAGACGCCCUUCUUUGGAUCUCGGAGCUACAACGACCUCGACCCAGCCACAAAGAACUUGGAGUGGUACCUCCAGUACUUCCCCUCCAUCAAGGACAUCCCCAUCACCUCCCACAACCCAGUGCUUUCAGGAGAGUCGGUCCCUCACAUCCAGCACUAUGGUCUUGGACACGUCAACAUGGACCAUCAGGAACAGUCCCAGAACAACCAAAAGAUUCUUGUCGGCGAGUGCGCCCCAAGCUAUCUUCACAUGGACGGCGCCAGCAAGAGGAUCGCAAGCACCAUGCCAGAAAUCAAGGCUGUCUUCAUCUUCCGCGACCCAAUCGAUCGCGCCUAUCUUAACUAUCUGGAGCAGAAGCAAUACGCCGCUGGAUAUAGUUUCGAGGAGAUCGUUGCGGAAGAACUUUUGAUUCUCAAGGAGUGUAUCGCACGUCCAGGAAGCAAAAAGUGGACCGAGUUCUUGAAGUGUCAUUCAGAGGAGGCCACCAAGACCGCCAAGAGGAUGGCUCUUCCCAACCGACCUAGGUCCAGCAACGCCAGAGAUCCACCUGCACCAUUGCUCAAUUUGAUUGUCAAGGGUCUCUACUAUUCUCAGCUGCACGAAUUUGUCAAGUACGUGCCAUUUACCAAGAUUUUGGUGCUGAGGACAGAGGAUCUCUACAACAAAAAAUCGACCGUUUCGACCAUGGUCCGUCUGUCGCACUUUCUGAACCUCGACCCCGCUCCGUUCAUGAACUUUCCAAUUGAGAUCGGAACGGACCCAAUGGCACCACUUCGACAUGGAGGCGCAGGGUACAACAAGGUCUUUGGGUCUAACGGAAUUAUGAUUCAGGAUGAGGAGGAUUUGUUGACGAUGAACGACGAUCCCGAGCUCGAGUACGAACGCAGAGGACCCUCAGGCUCGACUGGCUCGUUGCCACAGCAGGUCUUUUCCGAUCCACCUCUGGAGUUGGCAACUCGGUUCCGUUUGCAACGGGUCUUUGAGCCAUUCAACCAAAAGCUGGUUGAUAUGUUUGAGCAUCGACAGGACUUUCCAGGAUGGGAGUAUGAUGUGGAUCGCGGAUAA